CCGUUCCAGGUCCAGAUGUCUGAAGGAGGAGUCGGUUCUGUGUCCAGGUUCGACCGGCUGCGGGACAUCCCACACUAUGACCAGGUCCCUGUGGGCUCAUUAUGGCAUGACCUGGAUCUUCCACCCCCCCCGGAACCCUUGCAUGGAACAGUACCAGCAGUGAGCUUAGACCCACUUCCCCCUCCCCCGCUACCUGAACAGCCAGCUGUUGGGCUUGAAUCCUUCCCCUCCCCUUACCAUGAUGAGCCAAUGGAGGAUGACUGUGAUGCCAUGGAUAUGAAGCCGGUUCGCCGCUUCGUUCCUGACUCGGUCAAGAAUUUCUUCCGUGGCAACAGCGGGAACGGUGACGGCAUGGGUUGGGUCCUACCCCCUCCUUCACAACAUCUACCUGCCUCUUAUUCCCCUGCCCCCUCUUCUAGUAAGAGCGCCAACUGCCACACCACAGCAGGAGUCCCCUGUUCACCUCCCAACUCCCCCCCUCCAUCUCCUUAUCUUCAAGGGUCAUAUCGGGACCCCUACGGCGGCUCUGGGGGAAGCUACACCUCUCAGAAGGAGAGAGACGGGCUGCUGCUUGGUGCUGAAGCUCUUGACUCUGCGUCUGCUGUGCCUACCAAUCUUUCGGCUCUGACCUACCUGGAACGGGUGGAGGAGUACCACCAGCGCUACGCCUAUAUGAAGUCCUGGGCUGGCCUGCUGAGGAUCCUGGGCUGUGUGGAGCUGCUGCUGGGAGCUGCUGUGUUUGCCUGCGUCUGUGCUUAUGUUCAUAAGGACAACGAGUGGUUCAAUAUGUAUGGAUACUCCCAGCCACAGAUGUUUGGGGGGCUGGGUGGAGGUGCCAGUGCCUAUGGACAUGGUGAUGGUUACUACACAGGCCCCAAAACACCUUUUGUCCUAGUGGUGGCUGGUCUAGCGUGGAUAGUGACUGUUAUUUUGGUCGUUCUUGGGAUGACAAUAUACUACAGAGCCAUACUUCUUGACUCUUCUUGGUGGCCAGUCACAGAGUGUUCCAUCAACCUUGUGUUGGGGGUGCUCUACUUAGCAGCAGGGAUAGUGUAUGUGAGGGACACCACUCGAGGGGGGCUGUGCAACAUGCCAGUCUUCAAUAAUGGAGUUAAUGGGGCAUUUUGUCGCACUGAAGCCGGCCAAACAGCAGCCAUGGUCUUCCUCUUCCUCACCAUGGCACUCUACUUCAUUGGUGCUGGAGUGUGUCUAAAGCUGUGGAGACAUGAGGCAGCCAGGAUGAAGAAGGAAGGUCUCGCACAUGAGGUCUGA